CCAAACCCUCGCUCGCCGGCGCAGAUGGCAGCAAACAGCACCGCCGCUCCCGCCGUUGCUCGAUUUGCAGCUCGCGGGGAAAGAACUUGACUCGGCACCCCUCGUUUCCACGGACGGGGAUGGAGGGUGCACUGAUGAGAGGCGAACCUAUUUCCAAGAUCACCGACGACAUCCUCGCCGACAUCAUCUCCCGCGUGCCCUACAAGUCCACCUGCUGCUGCAAGUGUGUCUCCACGCGCUGGCGUGACCUCAUCUCCCACCCCGACCACCGCAAGAAGAUGCCCCAGCCCCUCGCCGGCUUCUUCCACGAAAGCUACAACAAGAACCGGUUCCCCAGGUGUGCUCGAUAUUUCACCAACGUUUCAGGGGAAGGUGAACCUCUCGUCGAUCCUUCACUAUCCUUUCUGCCCAAAUACAAUGGCCUUGACAUUUUGGACUGCUGCAAUGGCCUCCUUCUCUGCCGUUGUUGGAAGGCGACUGAUCCUAAGACAUUGGACUAUGUCGUGUGCAAUCCGGCCACUGAAAGAUGGGUUGUUGUGCCUGCCACCGAUUGGUCCAGCAAGGUGAACGUCGUUCGCCUCGGGUUUGAGCCGACGGUAUCCUCUCACUUUCAUGUGUUUGAGUUCAUUGAUGAGGAGACCUGGGGUAUAGAUGAGUCUGAGCUGAGUGAUUGUGAUGGCUGCAUUGAAACAUUGGCGAUAUACUCGUCUAAAGCAGGAGUUUGGAAGCAUCGAAGCCUGGACAUUAUGUUUGCAAUACCAACGAGUUCAAGAGGCGUUUUUUUAAAUGGCGCCCUACAUUUGGCUACCUCUAAUAAUUUUAUAGUUGUUGUCGGCGUGGAAGGAAAUAAUUGGCGUCUCAUUGAUAUUCCUAUGCCACCAUACUAUGAUGAUGCUCCUAUUGUUGGUGUUUUGCUAUCACAAAGGCAGUUGUAUUUCACAAAUUGUUAUUCUGGUUCUGAUGGUGAAGAAUUAUCAGUAUGGGCUCUUGAGGACUGCUAUAGUGAAAAAUGGACCUUGAAACACAAUGUCAGCCACUUGGAGUUGUUUGGAGCAUCGUAUUCAUCAUUUGGUAAUUUUUACAAUGUCAUCUCAUUCCACCCUGGACGCAAUAUGAUUUUCAUAAUUUGUGGGUAUGAGAACAUGUUGAUGUCAUAUGACAUGGAUCGCAGAAAGCUGUGUUUUAUAUGUCAACUUGGACGGGAUUGUCAAAUUGGGUGGGACAAGACUCUUUGUAUUCCAUAUGUUCCAUUGUACUCGGAGCCAUUGGCAGAUGGGCACUAAAUGUCUUGUGUAGUGCAGCUUCGCAGGUAUCUACAUUUCUGAUGUUAUUAGAGUUUACUUUUGACUUCAGUGACCGGGGUUAACGUUUUUGCUGUUGUGAUAGGGUCAUGUUGGUGCUUGAAUGCACUCAUGUCCUCACUUUAUGUAGCUCUGUAUUGCAGUUAACUUAGUGGCUGAGCUUGCGUUUGUGUACUUUUAUGUAGUCAUGGCUGCUAGCUGCCCAUGCAGUUGUGUAACACCCUACUAUUUUAAUCGUGGAUAUGAUGAUCGUCGUAUUGAACCACUAUUAAUG